UUCACCCUAUCAGAAAGUAGGCGUCAGUCCACAGCGCAGUGUCAUUGGGUUAAAGUUUGUCCGCCCUACUUGCUCAUAUAAAUAACAACAACCGAAAACUGGGCUAGCAUGUGGAGACAGCACCUGUCAGACGUGUAGCUCAUUUCCAUACAUAUUUAAAGCAGACACUUCACUGAAUACCUUCGUUUGCCCUGUAAGCUAAGUGAAACACUCUGGUAGGGACAAACAGCAGCAUGUCGGUCGACAGCGUGUUUAGGACCCGCUCUCUCGGCGUGGCCGCGGAGGGUCUUCCUGAUCAGUAUGCCGACGGCAAAGCAGCGAAAGUCUGGGAGCUGUACAUCGGAGACACGCGGAGUAGGACACAGGAGUACAAAAGCUGGGUGGUGUCUUUGCUGAAAGAGCAAGGGGUGCGGAGAGUGCUGGAUGUAGCCUGCGGAACAGGUGUUGACUCCAUUAUGCUGGUGGAGGAGGGGUUUAAAAUGGUGAGCGUGGAUGCCAGCGACAAAAUGCUUAAGUAUGCACUGAAGUCCAGAUGGGAGAGAAGAAAAGAAGCGGCGUUCGACCAGUGGGUGAUUGAAGAGGCCAACUGGUUGACGUUACCAGAGGAUAUUCAGAAACCAGGGGAUGGCUUUGAUGCUGUUAUCUGCCUUGGCAACUCAUUCGCCCACUUACCAGACUUUAAAGGGGACCAGAGUGACCAAAAGUUGGCCCUUCACAACAUUGCCAGUAUGGUGAGACCGGGUGGGAUCCUCAUCAUCGACCACCGUAACUACGACUACAUCCUGGAGACUGGCCGGGCGCCACAAGGCAAAAAUAUCUACUAUAAGAGUGAUCUAACUCAGGACAUCUCUACUUCGGUGCUGUGGGUCAACAAUAAGCCCCAUAUGAUCACACUGGACUACACCAUCCACGUGCCCCAGGCCACCGUCCACAAUCUCCCUGAAGUCAGUAAAUUCCGUCUGUCCUACUACCCUCAUUGUCUGGAGAGCUUCAAAGCUUUGCUGAAAGAGGCCUUCAACGGCAAAAUGGAGCACAGCGUCUACGGAGAUUUCAAGACGUAUGUCCCUGGCCAGACCGAGGCCCCUUGCUACUUCAUCCAUGUCUGUAAGAAGACAGCCUGAGAGCCCUACCCGCCAACUUGCUACACACACACUCUCACACACACACACACACACACUCACACUGCUAGGAAAAUAAUAGCUAUCUGCCCUCUUUAAAUGCCAACAUGCUCCCACAGUCCUCCAGAUUUGGGCAAAAUUAUACUUGUAUAUAUUUAAAAAAGAAUGUAUAUCUCUUUUAUUUAGUGUGAUGAGCACAUGGCCACUAAAAUCAUCCUGAUAAUUUAUUACUUCAGUGUCCAGUGGUAAUACAUGAGCAUACUUAAGGGUGGGCGCGCCAGUAGACAGCUGAUGAUUAUUUAAGAAAACAUAUUGUCAUUGAUUUCCUCAUGGCCGGGAAAGUUUUCAUUUUCUCUAAUGAUUUUAAAAUGAUGUAUGCUAAAAUGCUAAAGCAACAGAGCAUCUUUGACUCUUCUAGGAACAAUUGGUUGAUUCCGAUCUCUCUUUUGACUUAAAACAUAGUGUGUUUCUUAAGCUCUCAACUAGUAACAGUCUUAAAAGGUCAAAACUAAUUUGCAAAAUAUAUUCCAAAUGUAUCGGACCACUGUUUUGCCAAAAUCUGGUAUUUUCCCAUGUGCUGCUUUUGUGUUUUCCUCGUUUCUGUUUCCUCCCCUGCUUUCCCCCUUCUCUGAACUUUGAUAUCCACAAUGAAGAUGUUUCAAAGCGGUGCUGUAUAUUAGUGAUAUUCCUCACGAUGGAGUACUUGACAUUAGUCGCCAGUAAUGUACAAAGUGCUAAAAUGUUUGACUCGAGAGUCUUUAAAUACAGAUAAAACUUCUGUGUUUUGUGAAUACGGUAGCCUUUCUUUUUUGUGUAUUUAUGAUCUGGAAAAGGAAAAAAGCUGAUCUCAUUCUGACCCACUGUCUUUCUUUAAGUCCAGGCAAAUCCUUGAUGACCACAGCACGAUGGAAGUUUGAAUUUUUCAAUUCAUUAGCAUUACAUUUAAGACAGUCCGCCCACUUUUUUUUGCCCAGUCGUAAUCAUGCCCAGUCACUGAUGUCACUUAAAUAAGACCAGAGAACAGCUGUAAUAAAGACUGUAAAUCCCCCUAACGCCUUGAAAUGCCAGGUUAACCUAUGUGGAGUCUCACACAGGUCAAAACAAGAAGCACCUGUGAGUGCAGUAAUAAUAAAUGUCUUUGACAACCUCACCAAAACCCUACCAGCUCCAGAGCUAAAUAACCUCUGAUCUCUCUGAAGCUGAAAAUCAAUCAAUAAUUUUUCACUAAAGCCCGCUCUCGAGAGAACGGGUCCUCAUAUUUGGAUGGAAUGUGCCUUUUUUGUGUAAGAAUUUAGGUUUUCUUUAACUGAUUUGUCUUAUUUUGUGGUACAAUGUAAGUUGACUUUAUUUGAGCCAAAAACAGCCAUUUCAUUUUCUGGUAAUUAUCAUUAAUGAACCUAUAACCGGACAGAAGUGAGCACCAUUAUAGGUGACAAUAAAUACCAAAGUUCUAUACCCCUAUGAGUAUUCAUCAGAAGCCUUUUAAGGUGCCAAUGUCAUUUCAUUUCAUUUCAAUUAGCUUUAUUGGCAUAAAUGUUAUGGUAAACUAUGUUUCCAAAGCACAAUGUCACUAAGCUGGGUUUAGCAAGCUGGUUAAAAAUGCAUUACAGCAAACCACUGCAUAAUUCAGUCCCAACACAAAUUGUGUUAUCAACCCAAGAUGUUUGAAAUGUGAAAUUGUUUUUUCUCAAUAUUUGAAUGUUUUAUCUAAAGUAGGACAAACUUGAAUGUUAUUCAAUUGUGUGCACAGUAUAUGUCUCAAAUAAUUAAGUUUACCCAAAUAAUGAGAGGAAGAUGAUGGAGAAACCAUUUACUUUGCUGUAUUAUCCAGGUUCAAAUACACUUUGCUUUGAUACCAAAUGGAAAAUGUGUUUUUCAUUGGAAUGAGAAAGGAGAGGAAUCAAAUAGUAUUACUGCCCUUGCUGUUUGCCCAAAAAAGAAUGCAUGGUGCAUUCAAAUGUUGUGCCAGUGCCUUUUGUAGACCAAAAAGUACGGUGCACUGCUGAUUGUGAUUGAGAUCAAUACUAUGCGGGAAGAAUGGAUGAACAUUUGUGUGGGUUUGAAAGUUUAUGGAGAGAUAAAAGUAUUUGACAACAGUCAAAACAUUUCCUAAUGAGCGAUGAAUAUUGGAAGGAUUUUGCAUGAAAUAAAUAAAAAAUCUAAAUAAGGAA